AUGGGGGGAGGCCCUCCUUACCCGCCGAAACUGGCGGCCGCCGCGCCGCCGCACCCGGAGGAUGACGUCUCCGGAGAGCCCUUCAUCCGUCUUGGCGCCGGAGGAGUGGGCGUCGGGAUAGGCGGCGGCGGGCUCCGGAAGAAGGCGGUGGGUGUUAGGGCUUGGCUGCAGCUGGACUCGACUGGCCAGGCGCAGGUCGUGGAGGUCGGGAAACACGCAAUCAUGAGGCGGACGGGGCUCCCGGCCCGAGAUCUCCGCAUACUCGACCCGCUACUGUCUUAUCCGUCCACCGUGCUCGGCCGCGAGCGGGCCAUCGUUAUCAAUCUGGAGCACAUAAAGGCGAUUAUCACGGCGCAGGAGGUUCUCUUGCUCAAUUCUAGAGAUCCUUCGGUGAUUCCGUUUGUUGAUGAGCUUCAGAGGAGAAUCCUGCUCCACCACCAGGCUGUCAAGUCUCAGGAAACUGGAGAUGUAGAAAAUGCCGACUGGAAAAACUUAUAUGAUUUAGAAGGUCCUCAAUCAGUUCGAACAAGCCCCCCAAAUUAUUCGAGAAAUUUUACCGGCAAGGAAGAUGGAGGGAAAGCAGAAGGGAGAGAACAAUCUCCCGAGAAUCGAGAUGGCCCCAAGUUGCUGCCAUUUGAGUUUGUUGCGUUAGAGGCCUGUCUCGAGGCUGCAUGCAGUUGCUUGGAUAAUGAAGCAAGGACAUUGGAACAAGAAGCUCAUCCAGCGUUGGAUAAGUUGACUUCAAAGAUCAGUACACUCAAUCUGGAACGCGUGAGGCAAAUUAAGAGUCGUCUGGUUGCUAUUACUGGCCGUGUUCAAAAGGUGAGGGAUGAGCUGGAGCACUUGCUUGAUGACGAUGAUGACAUGGCGGAAAUGUAUUUGACUGACAAACUGCAAGAACAGCUAGAGAACUCCUCUGUUUCUUCCCUGGAUGAGCCAGAGCAAGAUGUGUUGGACAAUGCAAACAUUGAUGACAGGACCCCUGCUGAAAUAUUGAUGGAAGGCAAUGAGGGUUUAGAUGUUCGGGAACAGUUGUUCGGUGGCCCUAAUGUCCUGAGCAGAGGCAGUCAUGGGACCCAUACCAGUACGCACAGUGCCGUAAGCAAGCACCUUGAUGUAGAGGAGCUCGAGAUGCUUUUGGAAGCUUAUUUUGUUCAGAUUGAUGGUACACUCAACAAGCUGUCCACUCUUAGGGAGUACGUGGAUGACACUGAGGACUAUAUCAACAUAAUGCUGGACGAUAAGCAAAACCAUCUCCUGCAAAUGGGGGUCAUGCUGACGACAGCAACUCUAGUGGUGAGCGCUUUUGUGGUGGUGGCCGGGAUUUUCGGCAUGAAUAUCCAAAUCGAGCUCUUUCAGGACGAGCUGAAUGGGAUGACGAGGUUCCUGUGGACUGUGGGAGGCAGCACGGCCGGCACUCUUUUUCUGUACGUUAUCGCCAUUGCUUGGUGCAAGCACAGAAGGUUGCUCGAGUGA